AUGGCUGAUGGAUCGAGGCCCUGCCCAUGUGGGGUCGGAGACAGGUUUGACUACGAGACCUGUGGGCAGGAAGCACAAGUCGAGCACGUCAGGGCGUAUGUUUGCAAACCGGCUGCCAGCACAGACAAAGCUGUGAUUGUGAUUCAUGAUAUAUUUGGGUGGCAACUCCCAAACACCAGAUACAUGGCUGAUAUGCUUGCAGCUAAUGGAUUGUCAGUCAUCUGCCCAGACUUUUUUGCAGGACGAGAAGCUUGGAAGCUUUCCGAUGAUUGGUCCAAGUUUGAUGAUUUCCUGGAAACUCGAGAUGCCUGGAAAAUAAACAAAGAAGCUGAUGCUGUCCUGAAAUACCUAAAGGAACAGUGUGGUGCCAAGAAAUUAGGGUUCGCUGGUUUUUGCUGGGGUGGUAUUGCUGUACAUCACCUGAUGAUGACAUACCUGGAAUUAAAGGCUGGUGUAUCUCUCUAUGGUAGCUUGAAAGAUUCUGAUGAUAUAUCCAAUCCCCUGAACCCUAUAUUUUUCAUUUUUGCUGAAAAAGAUGACUUCAUUCCCCUUCAUCAUGUCACCCUGCCGGAGCAGAAGCUAAAGAAAAAUUAUAAAGUUGCUUAUGAAGUUAAAAUUUAUCCUGGGCAAACUCAUGGUUUUGUACAUCGCAGAAGAGAAGAUAUCAAUCCUCAAGAAAAGCCUUAUAUUGAGGAAGGAAGAAAGGAUAUGUUCAACUGGCUGAAUAAGAACAUAUAACAGAAGAGCAACUUAAUUUGUAAGGCAAUUAUGUAGUACAUUGUGGGGAUUUUCAAUAUCACAUUUUAGAAAAUUUGGGGGAGAGUUUGUUGAAAUAGAAAUUAAAGAAAUAAUCUAACAGAAUAUUUGAGAUGUUCUUGUCAGUAGAUUCUAAUUGAUGCUCUCAUAUUAUGUUCCUUUGAAGAAGUCUCAAAUUUCACCUAGCAGUGUCGUGCUUUAACAUGCUGUGAAAUAUUCUCCAGUUCCUCGAGAUUUAUCUUAAUGCUCGAAAUAAGUUAGACUAAUGGUAAAUUAAUCCUUUUGUGUAUUAUAGCCACUGGUCAUCUAAAUUCUACAUAAGUCACAAGCCCAAAAUUUAGGGACACAAGUACAUUGUUUGGCAAAGCUCAUUUUGAGAGAACAGGCCUUUUUGGCUGCAUCCUGGCAGCAGAUGUGCAUUUAACAGGUGAUGUAAGCGGGCAUAUCUUGUUUCAAAAUUUGUAGCUAAGGUUAUUUGGAUGGGAUACUAAUUUCUCAGGUUACCUUUGGCUCUGCGAAAUUCGAUAGAUGGUUUCCUGGUCGGCCCCCCUCUGCCACCC